UGAUUUAAUCGUGGUGCGGUGAGGGUCUGUCGCGCACGUCGUUGGUGCUAACCUCUGUAUGGGUCUAAACUUUCGCAAAGUAUUUUGUGGCAUUGUGUUAAAAUUAGCUCAAGACAUUCCAAACCGGCUCCAUUAAGGUGUGGUUAAAAUGUUUGACUUUAUUUAUAGAAAAGUGAAAGCACAUUGUAUUUUUUUAUUGGUUUGAUUGUUGAUGAAGCUACUGGAAGUUUGGCUUCUAGCUUAAAAAAAAAAACGGUUCCAUUUGGUGCGUUUGUGAGCGGUAAAGAUUACAUUUGAGUUAUAUGUGAAGUGUUGUUGGUGCAAGUGUUGGGGCAACACCUGGAGCCUCAAGUUAGCCCCGGGCAACAAGGACACCACAGCCGCCACUUGCUUCUUCAACAACUUGGAUUACUCUUCCCUCCGCCCCCCCGUCCUCCUCCUCCUUCCUCGGUGUUUACUCCGGACACUAUCACAGGCGUGCGCCACGCUGGAGGAGGAUGAGGGCGGCCAGCGCGUAAGAGGCCUCGGCGACUCCGGAGAGGAUGUGGGCAUUUGAGGUCACGUGAGGUCAUUCAUCAACCACCAAACUGACGCCUCACACCAACACGGAGUCGGAGGAGGGGAUGCUGGAGGGGGUGUCGCGGCGCACCUUCGGGGGGUCGUCCGGGACGUACAACGUGAGAGCCUCGGAGCUGGCGCGACACAAAGCCCUCAAGACGCUGCGGGUCCAGGUCGCUCUCCUCGACGACUCCACUCAAGUCUUCGAGAUAGAGAAGCGGGCCAAGGGUCAGGCGCUGCUGGACCUCGUCUUCAACCACCUGGAGCUCAUCGAGAGGGACUUCUUCGGCCUGCAGUACAUUGAGCCCUCCACCAGCAACGAGAACCCCAAGAGAUGGCUGGACCCGCUCAAGCCGGUGAAGAAGCAGCUCCGUAUCAGGACCAAGAGCCUGGGGACCUGUGGGCUGCCUGUGCUGUACUUCCGGGUCAAGUUCUGGGUGAGCGACCCGGGCAAGCUGACGGAGGAGUACACCCGCUACCAUGUGUUCCUGCAGCUGCGGCGGGACGUGCUGGAGGGGCGUCUGGGCGUGCAGCCCUCCACCGCCGCCCUCCUCGCCUCCUACGCCCUCCAGUCUGAAUUGGGCGACUACAUCUUGGAAGAACACGGUAAUACAUACCUAGCAGAUAUGAGACUUGUCCCAAACCAAACAGAUGAGCUCGAGAAAAAAAUUAUGGAACUCCACAAGCUCCACAAAGGACAGACUCCAGCAGACGCAGAGUUCAAUUUCUUAGAUCAUGCUAAGCGGUUAGACCUCUACGGCGUUGACCUGCACAAAGUUAGGGACUCGACCAACCGCGAGAUACAUUUGGGUGUAACUGCGAUCGGUCUGGUAGUGUUCCAGAAUGCAAUUAAAAUAAAUACAUUUAGCUGGGCCAAAAUUGUCAAGAUUUCUUUCAAGCGGAAGCAGUUUUUUAUUCAGCUUAGAAGAGAAGUGACAGACCAGGCCGACAGUAAGGAAGACCCAAGUUCUUUUCUACAAAUUUUCAAGAAAAAGCUCUAUACAAAGUCUGAGAAUUAUGACAGUGUGUUGGGCUUCAACCUUGCCUCAUAUAGGGCAUGCAAGUGCUUAUGGAAAUCCUGUGUUGAACAUCACACAUUCUUCCGACUACAUACUCCGAGGACUCCUGCAAGAAAAAAUCUGUUGACUUUGGGCAGCAAGUUUCGUUAUAGUGGGCGUACAGAAUUUCAAACUGUGGAGGAGUGCAAAAGAAGAGCAAGAGUUGAACGCACAUUUGUUCGGUCACCGUCCAAGAGGUUUGCGCGUCAAACUGUGCCUACACCAAGUGAAUUAGGCCGUAAAGCUAGAUCAGGCUCAGGUUCAUCUCUAAGACCUCGGACAGACUCAUCAGGAUACAAAGUUACUUCCCUCCAAGGUGCGAAAACCCCCAAGAUGGCAUGGGGCGAAGCUCAAACACCCGAUGAUGUCGUUACGUCCAGUUCCUUCAACCUUUCUUCGUCCCACACCGCACGUUGUUCUGGCCCCAGCCUCCUUGCACACUUCUGCACCUUUCCAAGUUUUCUUACCUGCUUCUUGAGUGAGAACGGUCUGACUGAGCGGGAAGAUGUUGAUCGCGGGGCGGGCGUGGCUGAGGACGGUGUGGGCGUGGUGCGCCCUCUGGCCCCGCCCCCAGCACCGCCUUCUACAUCCUCAUCCUCCGCCUCCUCCGCUGAGAGCGACGUGGGGGCCUCCCCUUCCCCCGACCACCAGCCGGGAGGUAGCGAGGAGAGCGCCCACGGUCUCGUUACCAUCAGGAUGAAACCCGACGACGGAGGCAAGUUUGGCUUUAACGUCAAGGGCGGCGCUGACCAGAACUUGCCCGUCCUGGUGUCCCGGGUGGCGCCCAACACCCCGGCAGACCGCUGCUACCCAAGACUCAACGAGGGUGACCAGGUGUUGCUGAUCAACGGCAGGGACGUCUCGGCCAUGACCCACGAGCAGGUGGUCAAUUUCAUCCGCGCCUCCAGGGAGUGCCACUCCGGCGAGCUAGUCCUCACUGUCAAGCAGAACGUGUACCUGGCAGAGGAGCUAGAAGAGCCAGCAUUCCAGUAUGUCCCCGAGGCCUUGCCGACGACUGUCAGUGUGGGAGUUGCGGGGUCUCAGACUGCACCUCUCCACGAGUCCAUGCUGUUGCUCUCUGAGGGUCUGGAGGCCGGGUCCUUGGUGGCGCAGUUCGAGCAGCUGUACAGGCGCAAGCCUGGUCUCACCGUCACACACGCUCGCAGACCAGAAAACGAGAAAAAGAACAGAUAUCGUGACAUUUCGCCAUAUGACACGACGCGAGUCAUCCUCACUUACAGUGCGUCAUGUGAAUAUAUUAAUGCGUCGUAUGUCAACAUGGAGAUUCAAGGGUCGGGCAUCGUUAACCGCUAUAUUGCCUGUCAGGGUCCACUGACAGGCACGUGCACAGACUUCUGGCAGAUGGUUUGGGAACAGCAGUCAACACUAAUAGUCAUGCUCACAACAGUCGUAGAACAGGGAAGAGUAAAAUGCCACAGAUACUGGCCUAGACUUUAUGAAACAGUAGACUUCGGUACACUGCACGUCACAUGCUUGAAAGAAGAGGAGACACCUGGUUUUGCAUAUAGAGAAUUCACACUCAUCAAUACCGAGAAUCAAAUUGAGCGUCACAUCACCCAUAUGCAGUAUCUAGCAUGGCCAGACCAUGGUGUGCCAGAUGAUUCCACGGAGUUCUUAAACUUUGUUACUCAGGUUCGACAGGCUAGAACAGGCAUGGUAGAACCCACCAUAGUUCAUUGUUCGGCUGGAAUUGGAAGGACUGGCGUUCUUAUCCUCAUGGAAACUGCACAGUGUCUUAUUGAAGCAAAUGAACCAGUUUACCCUCUGGAUGUUGUUCGGGCCAUGAGGGAUCAACGAGCAAUGAUGAUCCAGACAGCUAGUCAGUUCAGAUUUGUGUGUGAAGCAAUUCAACGAGUAUACUCUGAAGGUCUCAUCAAACCCAUGGCUGAGUACCAGCAAAGAUGAGAUGUUGCAUCAUCUGUAAAGUUGGUUACAGAUUAAAAAUGGUAUAAGUUGUUGUAAAUAUCCUAUGAUGGAGGAUGAGCUGUACAUGUAGCUAACAAAGUGUAAGAGAAGUUAGUUCAUGUGAUGCAAUAUAAAAGGAAGUUUGUAAAUUCUUUAAUGAAUUUUAAAACACUGCAAAUAAAGGACAAUGGAAAAUGAGGUUGUAAAAAUAGGUUCAAGAGCUGUGUAAGGAAGAAAAUAUACAUAUCCUAUAAUAGGAUAUCCUUCAAAGAAAAAAUGUAUUUAUCCCAGAGAGGAUGAAUCUCUCUGGGGUUCAGCUUUUUAAUGAAGGAAGAGCUAAAAUGAUGCAUUUGACACGGAAGAUACCUCUUUAUGUGAAAUACAGAUUCAGAAGCAUCUUUAGAUGUAAGACAAUACAUAAUUGUUGAUAAUUUGAAAUAUUCAAAGCUUUCUGAUAGUGAGGAUAUAACCAGAGUAUAAACAAACAAAAAUUGCACUUGCUCAAGAAUCGUAAUUCACCAGAUGUCUCUUGCAACAAAGAUGGAGAACCACUGAAAGAUGUAUUAGGUCUCUCAAUACUUGCACAGAAGGACUUACACACUGAAGAGUGUGUAAUAGAAACUGUGUAUGCAUGAAAUGGUUAUUAUUAUGCCUGUACAGAAUUUUUGGAAUGUGAACAAUGUGUAGAUAUGAGACUUCAAAAGACAAACUCUAACCCCUAGCGGUGUUUCUACUACAAAGAUAUUUUCUACUUAACUAUUGAAAAUAAAAGUAGUUUACACAAGAUAAUUUGACCCACCUCACCCUUUUCACCAUUCAAGCCUUGUGAAGCAUGAUACAAAUUCUUAAGUCAUCAUUAUAUUAUUAUUGAUGCCACCAUGUUGUGCCCUUGUAAUGUUUUGCAACAAUUGCUAUUAAAUUUCAUCUCGAUAAUUGUUUGUAAAAGUUUUCAUUGAUAACUUGAGAGAUUUGUUCAUGUCCACUGCCACAUCUUACUCUUGUCUGCUGGGGUUGAUACUGUCACAUUCAGGGGCCUCCCCCCCAAACCAGUCGGGCACUAGUGUAUUUUUUUUUUGUUAAUUACUGCCUUUAACCCGAGACUGCUUCAAAUCAGGCAGUUUUCCUUUGCCAAAUCUCAAUACAGUAUAUAAAUUUAAAAUUGUUAGUAAUUUAUGUAAUCUUGGACCAUUAUGGAAGGCAGUGUAAUUAAACACCACAUUACAGGGUAUAUUCACCAUAGUGCCUGUCCUCCAAGUGAAUAUUCAGAUUUCUCCACAUUGUCUAGACUGGUAAUGUGAGCUGACUUUGUCCGUUAGUUUCCCAAGCAGUACAAGAGUUAGCCAUUACCCCUCCCACAGUCCUGGGACCCACAUGUGCCUUCCUCUUGAUAAAAGAGCCCGAUUCAAGCAACCGACAAUCCCACACUGGUGAUGCACACGGUCACCUUCCUCUAAUAAAGUGAAGCCGUUUUUGCAAUGUUGCAGAGCAAAGUGCCUCGGAAGAGUUAUUGUCCUGAAUCUUCUAGUGGCAGAGGUAAAACUUCAGUUACUAGUGUGGAGGUUUCAUUAUAUCCUUACGAAAUGUUUGGAUUAUUCAGGAAUUGUCCAAUUGCCUUACAGGCUUUUUAAUACUAAAUGUAAACCAUGGGCAACUUUGGGUGCUGUGUGCCCCUAUACCACUCAGGGUAUAAUAAACACACUUGUAGACAACACACAUUGCCUUUGGUCAUUAUUUAAUGUGCACAUUUUGUUUGUUUGAGGUACAGUAAUUAGAAUGUAAAAGGUGUCAAACUUUUAUGUAGAACAGUGCGAGAUAGUUUGCAUGUCUGAAUAUUCAGAUAAUUAGUAUGUGUAUUCAAUUUGGUAAGAUAAUUUGUUUUGGAUUGAGAAUUUAUAAAUCAACAUGCUAUGUAAUACAGUAUAUUUUUAAAUUAAAAGUUCAUCAUCAACUGACUAAGAGUGUUUACACCUUUGUUAAAACAAACUCGGAGCUAAAAGAUGAAUCUCGUGUAUUUGGUUUUACACAAAGGUAAAUUUAUUGUACAAAGAAAAGGGUUGAUUAGAGAAGUGAGCCUCUGAAUGGUGGCUCAGGUUUGUCCAGUGCACAGAAGGCAACUAAUCACAAAGUAUGUCUAAACUAAAUAGAAGGGGUCAUCUGCUACUUUGCCAAAGAAAUAAAGGGGUCUGACCAUAAUUGUCCAUGCAGGGUUAAUUAUCUGUAACAUGUAAUACAAUUAGUGCAGUUCAACCUGUUUGCUUGUACUUGGUCUUUUUAUUUUCUGGACCAUUUUUUUUUUUUUAUAAAUUCUUUCCAAAUCUAUUGAUUGGUAUGUCUGAUCCUUCAUGUCAGAUCCCUCUUGUCACAAUAUUCUGUGAUUUUAAAUCCCUAUGCAUCAAAACAAAAUUUAUGUAAUCUUCUUGGUUUAACUGUACAGUAUUAUAAUACAAAAUAUAAAGAAUACAAAAUGAUUAUAGUAUUAUGAGCUUCACUUUGUAAUCAUAGAAUAUUCAGUGUAAGCUUAGGUGUACAGUACUUUAUUUACUACAUAGCCAUUAAAAAAAGUUUCAUUGUCAGUUACUGAUGCAAAAUUUUUGGACAGGUAAUGUAUGUAAAGAUGACCAGUCAACACUGCCAAAAGCAUUGGUCACUGCAUUGUAAAUUAUUUCAGUUAUAUAUAAGUUAUGCCUUAUUUGUCUUAUUUUAAGUCUUGGUGAUGUAAAUGAAUGUGACAAGGAGUGUGUGUUAUAUUUGACACAAACGAGCAAUAAAGAGAAGUGGUUUGUAAA